AUGUUUCAUUUAGGUGGGAAAGGUUCUAAAAAGAACAAGAUCAAAUUUAUUCCAAUUGAAGAAGUUAAUAGCAAGGAUCCAGAAAGUAAAAGUAAUUAUGCUACUAUUGAUGAUAUAAGACCGUUGGAAUGGUAUGUUCAUCCAGAUUCUUUGCAACAUCUUGAUAACUCUACCCAUUCUUCAAUCAUCGGUGCCAUUAAGCCAAAUAUGCAGUCAAGAGUAGAGACCCAAACUUUAUAUUUUACUGAUUUGAAAUCAGGCAGAUCUGGUUUUGUUCAGUUGGUUUAUUCUAGUGUCAUUAAUGGUUUAUACAAAGGUUUCCAAUUAAACUUUAAAAUUUUUGGUUCCGAAAAGAAAUCUAGUAAAGAUAUCUGGGAAACUUAUAAAUUAGACAAUUUGAUGUCAUUUAGACCAUUGAGAGUCGAAUUUGAUGACGUCCUAUUCGAAUUUGUAAGAAGCGAUAAAAAGAAUGAAUCUGGCGGUGACGUUAUUGCUCAGUUAAACAUUAAAGUCGAUAUCAGACCCAAACCAUCCGAGAAUCAAGGCCGUUUAAAGAUUGAUUUGAAGGCUGACUUAUACCAAGGAUACAUGAUCAAUCCAAAUGGUUGCUCUUACUAUUUAGAUAAAGCAGUUUCCUCAGUUAGUCAGGUCGAAAAAGGUGGCGAUCAAGACAUUUCUAGUAAGAUGUUGAGACAUUUGUUUAUUCCAAGAGGUCGUUGUAGCGGUACCAUCUCUUAUACAGAUAGUAAAGGUGAGAAUGACAUCAAGUUAACUUUAUCAGAUGUUCCUAUCAGCUAUAUUGACGCUGUUCAGGGGUUGUUACCAAACAAGGCUGCUAAAUCUUGGAAUUUCUUAUGUUAUCAAAGUGAAAACUAUUCCAUCCUAUGUAUGGAAUAUACUACAACUGAAGAAUAUGGUAAUGAUACUGUAACAAUAUAUUCCAUCACCAAUAAAGAAAAGAUUACAAAACUGAUAUCAUGUGUUAAUAAAUGCAAAGUUGUAUAUGACAAAACCAUCGAAGAUAAAGAUAAUGGCUGGAGUUAUCCAACAUCCAUUGCAUUCCCAAUGGACUUUAGUGAACCUGAAUUGAAUUUGGUUAACAGAUAUGAUAUCAUGGAGGAAUUACCACUUAUUGUCAAGAAAAUUGCACAGAAUAUCGCAAAUGUAAAGCCAUAUAUUUAUCAAUAUUGCCAAAAAUCUUCAUUUGAAAAUGAAGAAGGUAUAUCCAUUAUUGAAAGUACAUUUAUCAGUUAG